UGGUGUUUCAGACCUGAACGAGGCAAUCCCAGAGACUGAGCUUCUGGACAACAACAUCCAGAAAGGCCGUGCCCAGCUGUCCAUUAAAGCCCGGAGGCACCGCCCCUCGAGGUCCUGUCACCGUGACAGCUUGAGCUUGACGGAGGGAGACGACAGCCUCAACAGGAAGGACAGUCAGUUAUACUGCUCACCCCUUCACCUGGCCAUGCGAGGCUCCCCCCCCCCUCCUGAUUCGCUUUCUGCUCGAAGCCCCGCCUUCUCUUUUGACACGUCUCCGGUGCGUCACUCUCCUGAAGACAGAGGCACGUCACUGGCUGCUCCCCCACGGGGACGGUACCACCAGCUAACCAAUGCCACGUCUCAGGAGGCUCUAAUGAUGCCCAGCACCUCGCCUUCCAAAUCCUACCACUCCUCCAAAGGUUCACCUGUCUACAUGAGGAGGAACAGAAGGCCCGACAGUGAAGUGUUGGUAUCUGAUACGAGUCAAGACACCAGUCCAGCUGACCCCGGCAGCCCAACCAGUGUGUUUGACAAGAAAACCAAGAGACGGUUCUUGGACUUGGGGGUGACUCUGAGACGUUCGUAUGUCCGAGUGAGGACAGAUCAAUCCAACAGACUGUCUGUCAGGGAUCAGAGUCCGUCUCGUUCCUUCGUCCCAUUAUCCUGGUUCACUGAAGGACGAGGGUCUGUGACUCCGCCCCCAAAAAUACCACAGCUGAGCCCCCCAACGCCCCGCAGGGCUCACUCUCAG